GAAGUGGCGCUAUCUCUUCUUCCACGGCAUUUCAGCCGAGGAGAGGGCGAGGGAGCUCAACUUGAAGGGGCGAACAGCUCCGGGAGCCGCGAAGUGGGGUGGUGUUAUCUGCUGCCAUCGCCGGAAGAGCUCAUCUGUUGCUUGGCGCGCAGAGACAAGAGCAAGGUGAGGCGAAAGGCGAGGACGAAGAGCAUCAAGCACUGUCGGGCUUUGCGGCGAUGGUGGUCCUGCUGUUGCUGGGGCUUCUCCAGCUUGCCGUUCCCGGACUUGCUCAAACUCCGCCAUCUGGUACGGUAAAGAUCAAGAGCUUCAAAUAUGCUGGCUCUGGCUGUCCGCCUGGAAGUUUCCAGGGCGUAGUCUCCGACGACGUACAGACACUCACUGUCAUUUUCAGCUCGGACACCUCAGAUUCGGGUCCAGAGCGGAGAUCCUGCCAACUCAGCGUCGGCCUGACCUAUCCUGCUGGGUUCGCGUUUACUCUGGAGAGUGUGACAUUCCGAGGGUCCUUCCAAGGCUCGGCUUCAGUGACAACCACGUACUACUUCUCAGGUAUUCCAGGGACAGGCAGAGUCCAGCGCAGCCUGCCUCCUCCCGUGGAAGGCAACUUUGAGUUCACCGAGCAGUUCAGUACCUUAAUCCAUCCAGAGUGUGGCAGUGAGUCGGUGACGCUCAAUAUCCACACGAUCUUGUACAACUCAAUCACCGUCAGCGCCCAGAUUUUUGGUCUGGGCUGGACGGAGUGCUAAGGGGAUACUCGUACUGAAGCGUUUUUCUGGAGCAUCUGGCGGCAAAUGCAGCCAGAUCCAGUUCAGAAGAAAGUCGUAAUGUGAGCAUGGCGUAAGCUGAUUUAACGAGGCGUCAACAACAGGGGUGGGCGGUCGUUCGACAUCAGCAAGCCACUUGGAGAGAAGCAGAAUGAGCGACCGGUAGGGGAUAGUCACUGUGGAUUAAUCUAUAUAUCUCUCGGUCCGCAGCGGCAUUGUCAGGGGCGCGCGGUCAGCUAAGAACUGCCUGCCGACAUCACUCACACAGUCGAUCGGACGUGUGUGAGUGUCCGAGAGCACUUUGCUGAUGGAGCUCAAUAGGAAGCCUAGCCAGUUGUGGAACUUGUCACUCAACGAUCAUUCUAAUUAUAUAUAUAGAGUACGUACUCAAUGUCUGGCAGGCGAGCGAGUUUCCACGUCCUGUAUUUUCUAAGCCUGGAAAAGAAUACGCUGGCAUCUAGGACUUCCGGUGCUGGGGAAGACCCCAAGCCGAGUGCGAGAACUGUUGUGUAAAGAUGAAGCAGACGGCCGUAGCGAACAACAAGGCAUACUACUUAGUGCUCUCUCUCUCUCUCUCUCUCUCUCUCUCUCUCUCUCUCUCUCUCUCGGUUUCUGUCUGAAAGCUUUCGUUGCUUGCUUUUAGUGGAGUUUAUCUCUAUGAAGUGUUACUUCUCUCUUUCUAAUCUUGUUCUCUCUCCCUCUCUCUCGCUCCCCUCUAUUUCUUGUGUUGUCGUCUUCCUCUCUCUCCUCUAUCUCUCUCUCUGGUCUCUCUAUAUGUCUGUGUGAAGUUGUCAUCGCAUGCCUUUCAUCA